CUUCCAUCUAGCUCUAAGGCACUAGCCACUAUGUCAUUUUUUAGAUCCAAACACGAGGUGGAAGACUUGUCCCACUCUGUGGGUAACAUCAGCGUCAAUGACGAAAACUGGAAUAGCUCACCAACCAAGUCGCUCGACAACUACGUUCCGAUGGUGCAGCCGAUGAGGCCGAUGGAACGGUUCCAGAACACAAACUAUGCGGGUCCACCGAAGGCGUACUAUACACGGCGUCCGGACACGCUCAACUCCAACUUGGGGCCGGACUUCUACAAGAAGGCGAACGACAAGAAGACGAAGCGGCUAGUGACGGUAGCGCAGAUGUACUUCUUGGACUACUACUGUGACAUGUUCGACUACGUCAUCUCGCGCAAGGAGCGCGUCCGCCAGGUGGAGCAACAGUUGAGCGCGAUGCCACCUCAGGAACAGCAGGUACAGUGGAAGAACUACGUGGGCCGGGAGCGGGCGUUGCUCCGAAAGCGCCGCAUCCGACCACAGCACAAGGACUUUGAGACCAUCACGCAGAUCGGGCAAGGAGGCUACGGUGAGGUGUAUCUCUCGCGCAAGAAGGACACCCGGGAGAUCUGCGCGUUGAAGAUCCUCAACAAGCGUAUUUUGGCAAAGCUCGACGAAACCAGACACGUGCUCACAGAACGCGACAUCCUUACGAACACGCGUUCCGAGUGGUUGGUAAAGUUGUUGUACGCGUUCCAGGACCGCGACCGCUUAUUCUUGGCGAUGGAGUACGUACCGGGCGGCGAUUACCGGACGCUUUUGAUCCACACGGGGGUCUUAAAACCGCCACACGCGCGCUUCUAUAUAUCCGAGAUGUUUGCCUCUGUGAACGCGUUGCACGAGUUAGGCUAUACGCACCGUGACUUGAAACCAGAGAACUUUUUGGUUGACCACAACGGGCAUAUCAAGUUGACCGACUUUGGGUUGGCGGCCGGAACCGUUUCUGACGACCGUAUUGAGAGCAUGCGCAUCAAGUUGAACGCAGUCAAGGACUUGCAGUACAACCCGCCAUCGCAGUCCAUCCGUGAGAGACAGGAGUUGUACCAGAAAGCCCGGGCCAAGGAUGUCUACUACGCGAACUCCACUGUGGGGUCGCCGGAUUACAUGGCGUUGGAGGUGUUGGAGCGCAAGAACUACGACUUUACCAUCGACUAUUGGUCCUUGGGGUGCAUGUUGUUCGAAACGUUGGUGGGCUACACACCGUUUUCCGGUUCCUCCUCCGACGAAACCUACACCAACUUGCGCCGCUGGAAGGACGCGUUGCGCAGACCGAAGGACUCACAGGGCCGCUAUGUGUUCUCCGAUCGCACGUGGCACAUGAUCACGCGUUUGAUUGCGUCCCCACUUGACCGUGUCCGCUCCUUUCAGCAGGUUCAGCAACAGCCGUACUUUGCGGAGGUGGACUGGCUGGCGGUGCGUACCAAGUCGCCGCCGUUUGUCCCCCAAUUGGAUGGCGAGGAAGAUGCAGGGUACUUUGACGACUUUGACAACGAGGAAGAUCUCAACAAGUACAAGGAUGUGAAGGCUAAGCAAGAACAGGCGGAGCGUUUAGCUGAAACAUUGAAGGGCGAGAACAAGCGCCUUAUUGGGUUCACCUUCAAACACAAAGCCAAUCCGAAUAACAACUCUAGCGGGAUCGUCGAGCCGCUCAUAAACAUCAGUCCUAGUCACAGCGGGUCCAAUGAUCCGUUGGGCACCCUCUACUAGGUUUAGAUGGACAGUGUAGGUUGAAUGUGCGGUGAAAAUAUAAAAAAUAUACAAGAAAAAAAAUACAGUUACGUCUUCCGUCAUGCAGAUGGUGGGGGUCCUACACACAUUCUAUAUGGUUUGAGUUGGUCUAGUAAUCCUCUUUGAAACGCCAUAAAUGUGCCUAUAAUUAUUCUUCCCCCUAGUUCUUUUGCUUGGGCUUAUCCCUGAUUUUCCAGAUUAGAUUUCUGCCCUAAGGUACGCAAUUUUUUACUGAUAGAGCAGCACUUUUCACUAUGCAGUCUUGACGGCUUAAUCCUACAUGCUGCAUCUCACCGUUCUUUUAUACUGCGCCACACCUGCGCCACGCCCUGAUUAGUAAUCGCCGCACCUAAUAUGUGGCCAAAUCUGCAUUCAAUUUACCGGUCUCUAUUUGAAUUCGUACA